AUGGUUGUUAAGUCCUUGCAUCCUAGUGUGGAUAUUCCACUGGUUCCAGUAACUGACUUCUUCCUUUUUGAUCCCAUACGAAAGGAUCCGCAAAGACGUAGCAUUGUGGCUUUAAUUCAAGCUGAAACCGAAGAAUCGUAUACAUAUGGACAAGUUGAAGAAAAUGUACUCAGACUUGCUUCAGGAUUGCGAUCCAUGGAUGUUCGCAGAGGAGUCACCGUGCAAAUGUUUGGACCGUCUGGCGUUGAAAUUCCUCAGAUAUGCUUUGGAAUCCUUCAUGCCGGAGGGACUGUUACCACUGCCAAUUACGGAUACAACGCUGAUGAACUUGCAUACCAACUGCAAGAUUCGAGGCCAUCGCUCAUUUUCACGACACCUGAGCUGCUCUCCAUUGCUCUCGAAGCAGCCAAGACUAUCAACAUGCCUCCUAAACGUAUCAUUACUUUCGGUGGACGCGUGAAUGGUCAUUCAUUCUGGAAGGAUAUUUUUGGUGACGCAAAUCAACAGACACAAGUGUCGUGGACACGAGAGCAAUUGUGCACAGAACCAUGUUACAUCCUCUAUUCUAGCGGUACCACAGGUCGUCCAAAGGGGGUGAUGCAAUCUCAUUAUAAUUGGGUAGCGUCAAGAACGCAACACUUGGCCGUUGUUUCAUCACAACCAUCUGCACCUGCCGGAACGAUCAACUGUGUAGUCUUUCCUCAAUACGCCACCGGCGGAACCAACCUUCAAGCUGGAAUGACUUCGAUUAUAUUCAGAAAGUUCUCGUUUCGAUUGUUUCUUCAAAUGAUAGCAAAACACAAGAUCACGUCAAUGGUCCUACCUCCUCCAAUUCUGGUUAUGUUAGCAACGUCUCCUGAAGUCGAAAAGUACGAUCUCUCCUCAAUAGUGGCAAUUGCAGCUGGAGGUGCAGCUCUGAGUAAAGAACUGGCUGCCAUGGUCUCAGCGAAAUUGAAUGUACCCGUUACGGCAAUCAGUCACAAUUAUGGAGCUACUGAGAUGACAUCCGGUGGAAUCUGGCAUGGAUUAGCCCCCGUUCGUCAAGGAUCUGUUGGACUGAUUCUACCUAAUAGCGAAGUCAAGCUCGUCAACCCGGACACUGACGUAGAGGUCAAAGGACCGGGAGAGGCAGGCGAAAUCUACUAUAAGGGUCCGAACGUAACUUUGGGAUACUUGAAUAAUGAAAAAGCUACCAAGGAAACGUAUGUGAACGGAUGGCUGAGAACUGGAGAUGUGGCCAUGUAUGAUAAGGACGGUUAUUUUUACAUUGUUGAUAGAAUCAAAGAGCUGAUAAAGUACAAAGGGAUGCAAGUUGCACCAAACGAAAUUGAGGCUGUCUUGAGAACUCACCCUGAAGUCCUCGAUUGUGCGGUGGUUCCAGUACCGGACCAACUUGCAGGAGAGCUUCCAAGAGCUUUUGUUGUAUCGAGGAAUCGAGGAAAUCAGCAAAAACUUGCCGAGGAUAUUAUCGCAUUCGUCAACCAACGAGUCGCUGAUCAUAAACACAUACGAGGUGGAAUCGUAUUUGUCGAAGAAAUCCCAACCAAUGCAACGGGAAAGAUCUUACGUCGUGUCCUUCGAGACAAAACUGACAUAACUCCAUUCUCGGCCAAGCUGUGA